AUGAACUCGUGCAGCUCCAAGAGGAAGCUGUCGGCCGGGCAGAUCGUCAAGGAGGAGAAGAUCAAGCUGUCCGUCAACGACUUCAUCAUCAAGGCGACGGCGCUCGCCUGCCUCAAGGUUCCAGAGGCCAACUCCUCCUGGAUGGACUCCGUCAUCCGGCAGCACCACGUGGUGGACGUGAACGUGGCGGUGAGCACCUCGUUUGGCCUCAUCACGCCGAUCGUCUUCAACGCGCACCACAAGGGCCUCGCCAACAUCAGCCGCGACGUCCCCGCGCUGGCCGCACGGGCACGUGACGGCAAACUCCAGCCCCACGAGUUCCAGGGAGGAACCAUCACCAUUUCGAACCUCGGCAUGUUCGGCAUCAAGAACUUCUCGGCCAUCAUCAACCCCCCGCAGGCGUGCAUCCUGGCCGUGGGGGGCACCGAGAAGAGGCUGCUGCCAGCCGACAACGAGAAAGGCUUCGUGGUGGCGAGCGUCAUGUCGGUGACCCUGAGCUGUGACCACCGCGUCGUGGAUGGAGCCGUCGGCGCCCAGUGGCUCGCCGAGUUCCGCAAGUUCCUGGAGCGGCCCAGCACCAUGCUGCUGUGAGUGGCACCACCACCACCGCCUCCUCCUCCUCCUCCUCAUCAUCGUCUUCCUCAUUGUCGUCAUCCCGGCACCCGCCACCGAACCCUCUCUCUCCGCCCUGGUGGCUGCAUCUCACGAACAACAACAGCAACAACAGCCGCAACGGCUGCUGCUGCUGCUAAAGCUACUCGGCAAUCAACGUCUACGGGACGUUACCCAACGCUCGGUCUGCGCGCACGCCCCACCCCCCCCAUCUCGUCCUCGGCUUCAGCAUCGUCGUCGCUUUAGUGCGUGACGUUGCACCACGCCGUGUCGCCCCCGCACCUCCACGCACCUCCACGCACCUCCACGCACCUCCACGUACCUCCACGCACCUCCACGUACCUCCUCGCACCUCCACGCACCUCCACGCACCUCCACGUACCUCCUCGCACCUCCUCGCACCUCCACGCACCUCCACACACCUCCACGCACCUCCACGUACCUCCUCGCACCUCCACGCACCUCCACGUACCUCCACGCACCUCCACGCACCUCCACGCACCUCCACGUACCUCCACGCACCUCCACACACCUCCACGCACCUCCACGCACCUCCACGCACCUCCACGUACCUCCUCGCACCUCCACGCACCUCCACGUACCUCCACCCACCUCCACGCACCUCCUCGCACCUCCACGCACCUCCACGCACCUCCACGUACCUCCACGCACCUCCACGCACCUCCACGCACCUCCACGCACCUCCACGCACCUCCACGCACCUCCACGCACCUCCACGCACCUCCACGCACCUCCACGCACCUCCACGCACCUCCACGCACCUCCACGCACCUCCACGCACCUCCACGCACCUCCUCACUCUGCCCUGGAUUUGCUGGCAAGAACCGUGGUGCACGGCGUCGAUGGGGCGGGGGGGUGGGUCAGGGGUUGGGGGGAGAGAAGCCCUCCAAGUUAUCACGUGGUGUGGCAGUGACCGACUGCUAGGGCCGCCAGGCAGCUGCUAGCAGCUGUGCCGCCUCUCUGUCUGCAACAGCUAUGAGCCUCGUAAACGGCUGUAUCCAUAGCAGUUCGACACGUACGCCUUGCAUGCCGGGAACUUCUUUCGCACCAUAUGUAAGCCAGCCGCGCUAAUCGGAGGUGCGGGGGGCGGGGGGAGCGCAACCAAUUAAACGCAACAACAGAGCAGUUCUUAAAGGAACUUCUUUUCGCACCGUACGCAAGCCGACGCCGCUAAUCGGACGUCGUGUUGUCCAACUUGGGCCCUGGGUGGCUCUUUUGGGGACAGAGAGACGUGCCCCCCCCUCCCGCUCCCCCCGGCAGGGAGUGAUCGCAGUAGCUGGCGGACAGGGCAUAGACCUCUCCCACCACCCCCCCCCCCCCACCACCGUUUGCGUGCGGAGAGACCUCAGCCUCACCCGUUUUUGUCACCAGAUUAUUUAACAUUUUAUGCAUUUUGAGGAAUUGUGCCCCCCUUGUCUUGUCGUUCUUAUCGUUGUCGUAAACCAGUGGUUCUUAAACCUUCACUGCAGCCUUGGCGGAACCCCCUUUGGUUUCGGGAGUUAAAAAAGUUCAUUGUUAAUGACCAAAUCUCGAUUUGAAGUUUUCGUGACUGCAGGGAUCCAUACUCUUUGAUUCUUGUGGUAAAGUCACGUGGGUAGAAAACAAAAUCAAUUAAAUGACGACGUUUCGGGCGCAACACAAGCGUCCGUCAUCAGGUGGGGCAACCACAGCAAGAAACAAUUGCUGAAGUGGGCAAAAGGGCUGCUGCUGUAACAAGAGGCCAUAGAGGUAAGAGAGGGGGGAGGAGCAGGGAGGAGAGAGAGAGAGGGGGUGGGUCGAUGAAACGGUUGUAAAAUGCAACCUUUUUGCCAAAAUCGAAGUGUGAAAAAACAAGAAUAGGUUUGUACGCUUUCUGGAAAUUAAACAGGAGCUGUGUUAAGUUUGUCAAACACCUAAUAGAGGAAACCUUUUGCACGGAAUCUAUAUACUGCAUGUGGUGAGCAUGCAAAUAUCCAUCGCUCUGGUAAUAUUCAUUGCAUUGUCUUUGAAACUGAUUGGCCUACACCUGGAUUCAUUGCCAAAGGUUUCUAUUUUGCGAGGAAUCAAAAAGGGUGGCGUCAUGCACCCCAGGUGAACAAGAACCACGAAUCUGGCUGUCGCCUGAUGAAGCUGGUUGUAAUUACUGGCGAAACGUCACGGCACUCAGAUUGUAAACGUUGUGGCUUUGCUCGCCAACACACAACCGGUCAGUGCUGUACUAGCCACGAAUUGGCCACGUCCUGUUCUCUAAACCUUGCUAAUUGGCCGUGCCGCGUGGUGGCGGGCUUAAAGACACAACAUUUAUACAUACGCGGUCUGACUCUAACAAAUCCGUAUCAUGGAUUAUAUUAAUCGCGGAAGCCGACUCACGUGUUAGGCAGGAACCACUGGUUUGAGGAAUUUACCCCUUUGUAUUAUUAUUGUUACAUUAUCGUUGUUGUUGUUGUCUUAAAUGGGGGGUGCGGGGUGGUGGCGAUGUUCGCUUUGCUUCUCGAUUGCACGUUGAUGUCCAGAUCUCUCUUUUGCUUGGGUGGUGGGGGGGGGGUUUACAAAGAGGGGAUAUUGAUUAGCCAGGCCGCUUAAGCCAGCACUCCAUAGUCAUGUCAUCACACAAAGACAAAGAUCCCCCGUGUAGCCUUCACAGACUGUAGGGGCAAGUGCUGUUAGCGAGCACCUAUGAAGGCCGGAACGGCACACGAGGGGGUGGGUGGCCAGCACCUCGCACGACCGCCUUUGUCUCCCCGGCGGCGAUCUUUACACACACAGCACCAGGUACUCGUUUGAUUCGACCUCGGGGAGGAGGCCCAGGGUCGGUUCGGACAAUCACCACCGGUGUUGGCCGUGAGCGGGAAUCGGACUCGGGUCGCCGGGUUCGCAGCGCAGCGCUAACCAGCUACGCCACCACUCACUACCCACUACACCACACACAUCACACCACACACACCACACACAUCACACCACACACACACCACACACACCACACACACCACACACACACCACACACACCACACACACCACACCACACACACACACCACACAAACCACACACCACACCACACACACACACCACACAAACCACACACCACACACACCACGCACACACACACCACACACGCGAGCAGAGACGCACAAUAAAUGUCUUGCCCCGUUGGAGACCUCAGAGCAUGCGUUUGAAGUCUGAGUUCGACCCCUGGGGGGAGGGGAGGGGAGGGAUUGCCCCCGGGCUCGGCUCGGUCUCGCCGGGCGUGCGUUUGUCGCGUCCUGGAAUAAAGGAACUUGUCUGA